AUGAGCAAUACCAAGCCGAAAUGUUGUGGUCCCGGCUAUGCUAGUCCACAAGAAGCAAUUAAAGGACCUCGUGAAAAGAUAUUAUUCACCACCUGUGCCAAUACCGAUCCCACCAAAGAAGAUAUGUUGGCUGCCGUAGACGUCGACCCAAACAGUGAAACGUUUUGCAAAGUGGUUUCCCGAGUUGUAGUCCCGUACAAAGGUGAUGAAGUACACCAUACAGGUUGGAACGCAUGUUCAUCUUGUCAUGGUAACCCGUCUGCAAAAAGGAGCCAUCUAGUUGUUCCAUGCCUGAACUCGAGUCGUAUUUAUAUUGUCAACGUUGAAAAUGAAAGGAACAUUUACCUGGUGAAGGCUAUCGAACCCGUGGAAGUUCACAAACAAGGGGUUUCUUUUCCACAUACUUCCCAUUGCUUAGCCGAUGGAAAUAUCAUGAUCAGCACGUUGGGAGAUGAAAAUGGAAAUCACAAAGGCAACUUCCUUCUACUUGAUGGUCAGACAUUCGAGCCAAAGGGGUGCUGGCUUCAUCCCAAAUUUAGUGUCCCCUUCAACUAUGACUUUUGGUAUCAACCGCGUCGAGAUGUGAUGAUAUCCACCGAAUGGGGUACACCAAAUUUGAUCAAACAAGGUUUCAAAUUGAAAAAUGUUGAGGAAGGUGAGUAUGGGCACUCUGUGCAUCUUUUCAAGUGGUCAACACAUGAAAAACUUCAAACAAUCGAUCUUCCUAUGCCAGAAGGGGCACUUCCGCUUGAAGUCAGAUUCCUUCACGAACCUACUAGUCCAUACGCUUUCGCUGGAACUGCUCUCGGUUCAUCUGACGGCACAAAGUACGAAGCAAAAUGUGUUGUGAGAGUGCCGUCGAAACAGGUGGAAGGCUGGUUGUUACCGAAAAUGCCAUCACUUAUUACCGAUAUUAUCAUUUCGAUGGACGACAAAUAUCUUUACAUCUCAAACUGGAUUCAUGGUGAUAUUAGACAGUACGAUAUCACUGAUCCCGAGAAUAUCCGACUGAACUCGCAGAUAUUUCUCGGAGGAAGCGUUCAUAGCGAAAGUGGUGUGAAGAUCAUUCAUGAUGAAGAGUUGAAGGAAGCACCUCCCGCACGAUAUGUGAAAGGGAAACGUGUCGAGGGUGGUCCGCAAAUGUUACAGCUAAGCCUUGAUGGGAAACGUCUCUAUGUAACGACGUCCCUCUACAGAAAAUGGGAUGAACAGUUCUAUCCGAAUCUGUUGAAAAGCGGAGCAGUGAUGCUUAUGAUUCACAUCGGAAACAACGGUAAAAUGACCCUCAAUGAAGAUUUCCUCGUAGACUUUGGAGAACUUGAAGGAGGCCCAUAUCUUGCUCAUGAGAUGCGCUAUCCUGGAGGAGACUGUACAUCCGAUAUUUGGAUAUAA